AUGGCAUUUUCAACAGAUUUUACACAGGCCCUGGAGGACAAGAUACAGUACCAGCCUCCUCUACAGGCCCUAGAGGACAAGAUACAGUACCAGGGUCCUCUACAGGCCCUAGAGGACAAGAUACAGUACCAGGGUCCUCUACAGCAGCUAGAGGACAAGAUACAGUACCAGCCUCCUCUACAGACCCUAGAGGACAAGAUACAGUACCAGCCUCCUCUACAGCAGCUAGAGGACAAGAUACAGUACCAGGGUCCUCUACAGCCCCUAGAGGACAAGAUACAGUACCAGGGUCCUCUACAGCCCCUAGAGGACAAGAUACAGUACCAGGGUCCUCUACAGCAGCUAGAGGACAAGAUACAGUACCAGGCUCCUCUACAGGCCGUGGAGGACAUGCUAGCCAGAGUAACGACUCCAUAUUUCAGAAGCUUUAGAUCGUAUCUAUUGGAGAGUGAGCUUCGGCACGGCCACUGA